UUCAUUUUCGUCAUGGCUGAUUCUACGGACAUGGAUAGCGAUGGAAGCGACAUUGAGGUCGAUUUAAAUAACGAAUUUGACACAAAUACGAGUAAUUUGAAUGAAGAAAAUGGUGAAGAUGGCUUCGAAUGUCAACAAAGAACUGACGACGAAUGGUUUCGUGGCUUUUUUGAAUCGGAUGGUGAACAUGACGAGUUUGAAGGCUUCGACGUCGAAUGGAAGACUUCCAACUUUGACGAACGAAACGAGAGAACGUACAGUGAAAUAGGUGGUUCAACGUUUGUUCACCCUGAAGAUGCCCUGCCACAUAAUUAUUUUGAACUGAUCUGGGGUCAGGACUUGUGGCAGCAUAUGGUUACAGAGACCAACCGCUAUGCUGAGCAAGAGCGGACACGAAACCCACCACCACCAUUUGCUCCUCGUUGGGUUCCAGUAGACAUUCCAGCCAUGAAGGCUUUCAUCGGACUCUGUUUUUGUAUGGGAGUUCUUCGUCUUCCAUCAAGAAAUGACUACUGGAGGGUAAAGAAGCGUAUGUUUCGUACUGCCUUCAACACCAUCAUGCCUCGGGACAAAUUCAAUCUGAUCUGGCGCUACCUUCACCUGACAAACAACGAUGCCCCACCUCCUGCCAGACCAGACAAACUUAAAAAGAUAAGGUGGUUUUUGAACUAUCUGAAUGACAAAUUCAAGGCAAUGUACACCCCCUACAAACAUGUUACUGUGGAUGAAAGUAUGGUAAAGUUCAAGGGGCGUCUGGGCUUUCGUCAGUACAUGCCAUUGAAACCAACUAAGUGGGGAAUAAAAGUGUGGACAUUGACGGAGAGCGAAACUGGCUACAUCCACCAGUUCCAAGUCUACACUGGAAAGGAAGAGAAUCAGGAGAAGGGUCUAUCACACAGAGUGGUGACAGACCUGAUCGGCCAUCUGAACCACACUAACAUUAGAGUUUUUAUGGACAAUUAUUACACGAGUCCGGCCCUUCUCACAGAUCUGCACAUGCGCGGUGUGUACGCCUGUGGCACAGUGCGCAACAACAGGAAGGGCUUACCAACUGCACUGUUGCCAAGGAAUGUUAUGCUGGACAAACACGAGUUCCUGGUGGCCCAGAAAGAUGAACUUUCUUGUUGCAUUUGGCAGGACACAAAGUGUGUCAUGGUCCUGUCAAACUUUCACAGUCCUAAUGACAUGGGAACUGUCAACCGACGAUCUGGUAACCCAACACAACAAUCUGUGGAAGUUCCCAAAAUGCUUGCGGAUUACCAGAAGUUCAUGAAGGGAGUCGACUUGUCGGACCAGAUGAUUGGAUAUCAUAUCAUCAACCAUAGAUCAAGGAAGUGGUGGCGGCGGCUGUUCUUCCACUUCAUGAUGGGCAGUGCUUUGAAUGCGUACAUCAUUGCAAAGGACUCAAAUCCAGAGACAGUCGGGCGUGAAUGGCCAAACAUCCAGGACUUCGUUGAUUACUGUGCUGGGAAGGAUGCGCCAAUCCUGGACACAGCCAGACCAGCUCGUGUUCACACGAUGGAGCGGUUGUUUGAAAAAGAGAAGGUGUGUGUUGAAUGUCGCGCGAAGGCAAACCGUGGCGAACGUGUUGGUACUUCAAAGUUUGGUUGCGUUGAAUGCAAUGUGCCGGUACACCACCAGUGCUUUCCGGCACACAUAAACAGGGCUAAUAAAUUGUGA